GCUCCAAGCUCACCUGCCACAGCCAGUCUGACCAGAGGCAACUCACACACCCUUUCCAUGAGCCUUUAACUAGGAAUGCUCUAGGAGGAUUAACAACAACAACAACGACAAAAACCCGGAUCCUGAUACUGAGUAGAAAGGAGGGAAUGCAGGCACAGAUCAGUGAAUGACAACUAUGCCUUUGGCAUCCAGUGGAACUGGAUUCACAUGCUGGAGCCUGGACACUUUACCUGGCUUCUCUGGGAGCCGGUUGCCUGAAGUAUAAAGGGAGAAUACUGAAACAUUCAAAUAGAAUCAUCUAGCACCUAUUACAGGGGCUUGUUUAGACCACUAUCAGUCCCAGGGAGGGGGUGGGGGAGCCCCUAGAGGACCGGACCAGCAAAAUUCUUAGGGCCCCAGACCAUUUGCAGGGUGUGUUGUGUAAAGCCCUCCUGGAGCAGCUCUGUCGUAACCAUGCAUCUGGGAUCUGGAGCAUCAUAGCCACCUCUCACCCCUUAGGAAUGCCCUGAGGCUGCCCCCAGUACAGCCCAUCUGCUGAAUGCCUACUGAGGAGUCAGCCGGAGUGGGUGUGAGCUCCUGGCCACCAUGCACCGCAGGCUGGGGGUCAGGAGAGGAGAAGGCGUUAGACUGUCCAGAUCCGGGAGGUAAGUACACUCUUGGCUCCCUCUGGGCCCAUUCCUUGUCCAUUCUGAGCCUUAAAUUUGCAAAUUGCUACAGCAGGACCCAGCCUGUGGCCCGGAUCAAAUACUACUGAAAUAUUAGUGGCUCAGUAAAGGUGGGACUUUGGUUUUCUUCACAGAGCUGAGUUUGGAGAGGCCUCAGGCAGCCUGAGUUUCACCAGCCUGGUUCUCCCUCCCUGGCCCAGCCCAAAGCCUGGAAUCUGUCCCAGUUUCACUCCCCCUGGGUGUUUCUGAUAAGGGGUGUCCUUUCUGUCCUUUCAUCUGAAGACUUCAAGGCAAGGAGCCAGAGAGGGGACUGCUCUUUGAAGAGGGCCUGCGGCGGGUUGAGCACUACCUGUGCCUGGGCCUGUUUCCUACCUACCCUCGGCAACCCCCAGCCAUGGAGAUGCUGAGGGGCCAGAGGCCAAAGCCAGCCACAGCCCUGUGCACUGCGCCACUGCUGGUCCUGCUCCUGGCCGCACGCCUCCGGAUGGGUAAUCUGGGAUCACUGCAAGCAGCCCCCCAAUGAACAUGUCAGUGCUGGGGGCACUGCUGUGCAGGACAACUGCGCAAUGUGGAGCUGGGGCUGGGGCUACAGCGCGACUACUCACAGUGGUUCACCACAGAAGACGGCGAGCACCUCACCCCAGAUCACGUGCACGUGGUGGCGCGAAGGGAGGGCAUCGCAAGACCACUGGCUCAACUACCCCGACGCCUGGGUGAUCUCGAUCAAGGCAGAGCUCUCUUUCCUCCCCAGCCUCAACGGUAAGUUCCCACCGACGACCAGAACAUCAAGGUGUACGACCUGGAGUAGCAGACAGUCAUGGCCGGGGUUCAGGUCCGCCACAGCUUCUGCUCUGCGAGAGCCUCAGAGAACCCUGCCUGAGGCCAGCCUUCUGCCAGUAUCUGCUGACACUCAGUGGCACCUAGAGGACACCCAGAUCCAGGAGGCUGAGUGCCUGGCAGAAGUGCUUGUGCUCAGGGUUGGCACACGUGUUCUCACCGACGUGGAGGUGUGGGGCCACCUUGGUGCACGAGGCCCAGGUGAGGAGGGAGCUGGUAGACAGGCCCUGGAGAAGCGUGACAUCACAGUAGAUGCUUCUGCCGUGUUCUUUCUGAUAGUAAAUGCCGGGGCAGCAGCUUCCUGGCAGGCCCACAGCCAGCUGUGCCAGAACACCACAGUCUCCAAGACACACAACCACAGCCGUGGGCCCUUCUACCCAGGCACCACCCUGGUGCAGAAAUGGCAGGAAGCCGUCGGCAACCUGCUGGUGGCCAUGGGAAGGUCCUAGCUGUUCCUGCCGGAGCUGCCGCAACCCCAGGCCCUGCCUGAGCUCUCUGUGCCCGCCAUGCGACACGUGGCUGCCACUGUGUACCACGCUAUCAUGCAGUCAACAUGCACUCAGGCUGCCUGAGGCCAUGCCUGCCCAUCCUCAACUUCCAGGCCAACAUGGAUGAUGGCUCCUGUGGUGACAGCAGCCACACCAACUUCAGCUUCAAGGGCAUCUUCCAGGAGUGUAAGCCUGUGUUCAGGUAGGAUGCCAAGCACUCUGCCAGACCUACUACACGGCUAACCUGCUCACCAGCAAAACCUCUUGCUCAGCCACCUACAGGGCCAGCGCCGUGCACAAUGCAUUGAAAACCUGGAGCGAACCCUGUCCUGAGCGCCAGCCCCAGUGCCCUAAGAGCUGGCGUUUCUUCCAGUGCUGCAGGACUGUGUGGUCCACUCAUGCGCAGGGCAGCGUGGUGAGCCUGGAUACUUCCUGGCCAGCUCUCUGCUGUGGCCCGGGAGGGCAGUGAAGGAUGGCCCAGGUGCUUGGGCCCCUGCACCCACAUGGGAGACCAAGAAGAAGCACCUGGCUCCUGGCUUUGGAUCGGUACAGCGCUGGCCGACGCGACCAUUUGGGGAGUGAACCAACGGAAGGAAGACCUUUCUCUCUGUCUCUCUCUCUGUCUAGAACUCUACCUAUCGAAUAAAAAAAAAAAGUAAAUAGCCAACCAAAGAAUUGGCUUCAGUUCUAUUCCUCUUUCAACAUGCUUCCAAAUCACCUAACACAAGCUUAAGUCCUAAACAAUCCCCUUGCCUAGCACCCCCUCGCUGAGAAUCCCAUAGAGUGUGUUCCACAUUGCCCUGCCAUCCUCGUUGCAAAGGAAAACACAUGACAAUUUUGUUCUAAUAGCAGGUGCAUUCCUGGUGGUCUUGAUGGGGGGAGGAGGGUUAAACAAAGAAGAUAGAAUUGGCACUGACCCUAGGACAUAUGAUACAGCUUUGAAGUUGGAAUAUUUUGUAGUUAUUAUAUAAUUCAUGUUAUCAAUCUGCUUCCCCCAGAAUUAUGGCCUUACAUCCAAAGACCCAAAAGUUCUCUCCUGUGUUAAGUCUGAGUUAUUUUUCACAGAGGCCCUAACCUAUUUGUGGAUCAUCAAGUGAAGUGGGUUGUGACAAGCAUUUUUUAAAAACAAUCCAGAAAAUAUAUUGUUUUGCAUGAAGUAAACCUAAGAGUUGUAAAAUUGUUUCAGUUCUGUAUUGUUUGUCAUAUAAUAUUGUUCAUAUCUAAUCACUACUGACUCACCAAAAAAAUAGCAGUUUGGUAUGGUUAAUAUAUAUGUAUUAUUCCAGGUUGCCCCUCUUCCAAGCCAGCUCUCUGCUGUGGCCAGGGAGUGCAGUGGAGGAUGGCCCAAGUGCUUGGGCCCUGCACCCCAUGGGAGACCAGGAGAAGCACCUGGCUCCUGCCUUCGGAUCAGUGCGGUGCGCCGGCCGCAGCGCGCCAGCCGUGGUGGCCAUUGGAGGGUGAACCAAUGGCAAAAGGAAGACCUUUCUCUCUGUCUCUCUCUCUCACUGUCCACUCUGCCUGUCCAAA